GAAGACCGCGGGUAUGUGGAGGGUCGGGAAAGGCCGUCAGCUGUACCGAUAUGUGUGUGAGACUGUACCUUGCGGUAGACGUAUACCUGUAGGCGUUGCUGUGCAUCCAUUUCCCGUGCCCGGUGUGAGUUAUCUCGGGGUAUUUCCGCAUGGAUAGAUGUCACUUCUGGAACAUACCGGCUCCCUGGAGCUCCAGAGCUGCUGGUAUCGCUGUCCAUGACGCGGAGGAUGCGGAAACAAGUAAGACUACCCCAGCAAGCUGGCAGUAGCCUGCGGGGGAGCGGGGACCUGGCCUCGGAGCUGCCGUGAGGAACAUGUCAGCCUCGGCCGUCUUCGUGCUGGAUCUGAAGGGGAAGGUUCUAAUUUGCAGGAACUACAUGGGUGACGUGGACAUGAAUGAAAUUGACUACUUCCUACCUAUGUUGACACAGAAAGAGGAUGAGGGGUCUAGUUCUCCAUUCCUCAUCCAUGGACAUGUUCAUUUCCUCUGGAUAAAACACAAUAACUUGUACUUGGUGGCAAUGACAAAGAAAAAUGCGAAUGCAGCUCUGGUUUUUGCUUUCUUAUAUAAAAUUAUUCAGGUUUUCACAGAAUAUUUUAAAGAGGUUGAAGAGGAAAGUAUUCGGGAUAACUUUGUUAUCGUUUACGAACUUUUGGAUGAGGUGAUGGAUUUUGGAUUCCCACAGACAACUGAUAGUAAGAUACUGCAAGAGUACAUCAUUCAACAGGGACACAAGCUGGAAAUUGGAGCGCCACGUCCCCCUGCUACCCUGACAAAUGCAGUGUCCUGGAGAUCAGAGGGUAUCAAAUACAGAAAGAAUGAGGUGUUCAUUGAUCUGAUUGAAUCUGUCAACUUGCUGGUGAGUGCAAAUGGCAACGUCCUGAAAAGUGAGAUUGUUGGAAAUGUAAGGCUGAAGGUUAUACUCUCAGGAAUGCCAGAACUACGGCUUGGACUCAAUGAUAAGGUUCUGUUCGAGAUCUCUGGAAGAGACAAGACUAAAUCUGUGGAACUGGAGGAUGUAAAGUUUCAUCAGUGUGUGCGUCUGUCCCGUUUUGAAAAUGAUCGAACUAUAUCCUUCAUCCCUCCAGAUGGAGAGUUUGAACUCAUGUCUUACCGGCUAUAUACCCAGGUAAAGCCCUUGAUUUGGAUUGAGUCAGCAAUUGAGAAAUACUCGCACAGCCGGGUGGAGAUUAUGAUAAAGGCAAAGAGUCAAUUUAAGCACCGUUCCACAGCGAACAAUGUCGAGAUUUUUGUGCCAGUUCCUAGCGAUGCUGACUCACCGAAAUUCAAGACCAGUACCGGCACUGCAAAGUGGCUGCCAGAAAAGAAUGUUGUUGUUUGGUCAAUCAAGUCCUUCCCUGGUGGGAAGGAGUACUUGAUGCGGGCUCACUUCGGCCUCCCAAGCGUUGAGGGAGAGGAGCAAGAGGGGAAGCCACCUAUCACCAUCAAUUUUGAAAUUCCAUACUUUACUGUCUCUGGAAUUCAGGUGCGCUAUUUGAAAAUCAUUGAGAAGAGUGGUUACCAAGCUCUUCCCUGGGUCCGUUACAUUACCCAGAGUGGAGAUUAUCAACUGCGCACCAACCAAUAGGAACGUUGCUGUCCAGUGGAAUUCCUAAAUUGGGAGGACACGAUUUGUGACUAGUAAAGAAGGGGAAAAUGAUGUCACAAAUCCAAGUCCACAAGCCUUCGGGAUCACUGAUUAUGGAUGUUACAUAGCAAAAGUGUUGAAAGAGAGCUCUUACCAACCAAAUAGGAAAAAGUGACUGUUACUGACAUAGCAUUUCUUUGUAGCUUCUGGAUGAGUGUUAGGUUACCAUUUCAUUAUUGGUCCUUCCUGGUUUUGCUGUUAUCUGGAUACAGUCAGCUGAAGGCUACGGCCAGGCUAAUUGCUGUUCUCUGAUGGAUUUUCUGUCAAACUUCAAACAUUCUGACAAACUUCAAACAUUUUAACCAGGCUGAUACAGAGGGAAGUCCGAUGACAUUGAGAAUAAGAAGUACCCUGGAGGGGCAGUGAAGGAGAUAUGGAUUAUGUUUCAUUUUUCUGCAUCAGGUAGCAUAGCGGUUACUUUCCUGAACUGGAAUCAGGAGCCUGGACCAUUAUUCAAAUUCCACCAUGGCAGCUGUGAGAUUUAAGUUAAAGUCAUUAAAUAAAUCUGGAAUAACAAUAUAUUUACAGUGAUCGCUACUGCAUUUUAGCAAAAAGGGCAUCUGGUUCACUAAUACUCUUCAGGGAAGGCAAUCUGCCACCCCAGUGACUCCAGACACAAUAAUAUGGUGACUCUUUAGCCGCUGCCUCAGUGGCAAUUAGGGAUGGACAAUAAAUGCCGGCUUUACCAGCAACACCUGCAACCGAUGAAUUAAUAAAUAAACAGAAAAUAAAUCUAACCCUUGUUCCGCUUUCCCUUCCACCCUCCGAAAGAAAGUCCAGAUUAGAGGUUUCUCAACCCAAACUCUUUACAUUGGCAUUACCAUCUUGUAUCAUGCACAUUGCUAUCAUUGCAAUGAGUCCACUUCCCUAAAUUUUCUCCAUGUCUUCACCUUGACUAACUGUAUGAGGCAAAAUAAUUGGGAGAAAAUUACAAAUAACAAAGUUGAAAACAAGGUGAAAGCAGUAGAAAGAUAGAAUUUCUCUUCAGCUGCCUGGUGAUCUGCCACACUCUGAUUGUAUGCUCCAACAUUUCACAAAUCGUUUACCAUUUUGGAUGCAACUUGAAAUUAUGAUAUCCUGUAUGCCAUCUCCCAACAACUCCACCAAUUUAGUCCUCUUUUAAUUAUUUACCAAGGUAGCAUGGAUGUCAUCUUUCACUGAGUUUUCUAUCCAGAAAAUGUUUGAGAGCCCAGUGACGUUGAGCUCUUUAGCCAUCACAUUGCCCAUUCUCACAUGAUCUGCAGGAUGCCAGCCUGCCAGUUGCAGCUUUGCAGGAGUAGACUGAUUGUUUGCUUUCCUUCUCAAGGUGAAGCCAGACCCUGAGCUUUAAGAGGCCUUAGCCUUCAGUGAAGCUGUCACAGCUGUCAGUGACAAGGCUCACUACCCCAUCCCGGGAUGGCACUGUCAGGAAAACCAGGUCAAUGUGUGGCCUAGUUAGCAGUCCUUAUGGGGAGCACUCCAGGCCACCAAUCAGAAACAGUCAGUUUAUUAAAAUUGGAAUGUGGAACCUGGAAGUGCAGUACUGCCUCUCUCAAACCCACGUUAAAAAUGCAGGGCCUCUGGCCAGUGUUUAUUCAUAUGCCCUCCUUCGCUCCUGUCCCCUUUCUUUACUACUCCCAGUCUCCCAUUCCCAAAUGCAUUCGUCAUCACACUUAUAAAGUACCUGGGUGAGCACCUGAAGAUAAUCCACGUUGCUAUGGACUAAUUCUCUGAAUGUGUGAUGAAUCCAAUAGCUCUUUUUUGGCUAGCAUGGACAUGAUGGGACAAAUGGUGUCCUUUUGUGUGAUAAAUGUCUAUUAUUUUAUGCCAUGAAUAAGGUAAUUCAAAUACUUUCAGAUUGUUUUAGCAAUGAGCUGUCACAAUGAUGAUGGGUUGAAUGUCUGCCUUCUGCAUUGCAACUCAUUGAACAUAUCUUUGAUAAAUGGGAGUUGUCAUGGCUAGGUUUGAUGGUUGGAACAGAUAUCAUUGGAGAAGAUCUGGAACUUGGAGACUGAAUAACAACAAUUGGAGUUUCCAUUGUAAUACUACCUGGGUGCUUUGUUACCAAGGAACCUUCUACACUUUGCAAAAAGUGAACUGCAGGGUAUGUGGUUGAUUACAUUGCUUCAGUCCUUUAAAUGACAUGAUAACCUGAUGUGGGCCCUUCCUCCGUACUGCCUGAUAUUGUGCACAAGCUCCCUGACAGGUUUUCCAACAGUUGUCAAUGCAAAGCCAUCAUUUUAUAGCCUGGCUCCUGGGUGAAAAAAAGGUGAUCUCACUGAAAUGCACAGAAUUCUUACAGCGUUUGACGUUAAAUGUGGAGCUGAUGCUUGUCUGGGCGAACAGAAUGAGGGGCCGAGGUAUCUUGGUUUAAUGGGUCAGUCAUUCAGAACAAUCAUGAAGAAAAAAAGAACAGACCCGAUGCAGGGUUUCGACCCAAAAUGUCAACCGUCCUUCCACAGAUGCUGCUUGACGCGUUGAGUUCCUCCAGAAAUUUGUUUUUUGCUCCAGAUUCCAGCAUCUGCAGUUCUCUUGUGUCUCCAAUGAUAUGAAGAAACUCCUUCAUCCAGAGGGCAGUUCAUCUUUGGAGCUCUCUACCCAAGAGGGCAUGGAGGUUCUGUCACCAAGUAUAAUCAAGCCAGAGAUCAAUACAUUUUUGGACUUUAAAAGAAUCAAGGGAAAUUAUGUGAAUGCAGGAAGGUGGUGCAGAGGUAAAAAUAUCAGCCAUGAUCUUAUGGAAGUAGAGAUGAAGGGGUUAAUGGUCUAAUUCUAUGUGUUUUACUGUUAUCUGAAGGUAUGAGGCCCCACUCUUUCAUUUUCAGCGAGGUUUAUUGGGAGUAUCACGCACAGCUAAUAAUGGACUGAAGCCAGAAUGGAAAGCCCCAAUAUUUCCUAGUAACUUUAGUGAGCAUCCAUUGUGUAAGUACAGAAAUUUAACAGCGUUCUGUGUUUUUCAAUGUUGAGUCACUGGCUAAGAUACUGGAAUAGGGAAGUUUCUGGAGAAGUAGGGCUACCCAGAAAAAGAGCCUCCGAUUUCAAUGUGUAGCUGGGCAGCUAUACCCACUGGAACUUGCUGUCCAAUCAUUCAUUAAUAAAGCUGAGUGCUGUAACCUUACCGAGAAAAAUCUGUCCCUCCAUAUUCAGAAUCUCCCUGCAGGGUUGGUGCCUUGUGUCACAUCAAACUCUGUACCCUGCUGCAGAAUCUGCACUAACCUGACUAAUCAAUGAUUAAUACAUGGAAGGAUCGAGAAGGUUGAACUUCCUCAGGAAUGGAGUACUGCAAAAUGUAACUGGAAGAUCAGCAACAAAUAGAUAGGCUCUUUCAGGAUUAAAGUUAUAAAAAUAUUGGAGAUAGGGAAAAGUUCCUGUUUGACUGGGUGGAGUGGUUCAGGGUUGGAAGUUCUUUAGUGAUUCUUCCAGAAGUAUGUUCAAUAACUAUGUGUGACAAUCCACCACACUCUUCCAGAAUAGCUUCCUAAAUACAGCCUGCAUUGAAAAUGACAAUACACUUUCAAAGGGCUAUGAACAUACAUGGGUGUUAGUCCCACUGAGAAAUAUACUCAGUGGCUGGAAGAAAACUGAAGCAAUUGUCCACAGGUUCCCCCACCCCCUUCUUUUUCUUCCCCCCACUCCUUUGUCUUCCCUUGUUCCUAUGACUCCCUUCCCCUGCCUUGAUGAUCUGUCCAUCUCCUCUCCUCCCCUCCCCCAUCCUUUAUUCCAUGGUCCACUGCCCUCUCGUACCGGAUUCCUCCUUCUUAAGCCCUUCGCCUCUUCUACCUAUCACCUCUCAGCUUCUUACAUCUCCCCCCCCCUCCCCCUCUCACCUGGACUCGCCUAUCACCUGAACUCACCUAUCACCUGCCUGUGCGUGCUCCUCCCCCUCCCCCCACCUUAUUCUAGCUUCUGCCCUCUUCCUUUCCAGUCCUGAUGAAGGGUCUCGGCCUGAAACGUCGACUGUUUAUUUCCCUCCAUGGAUGCUGCCUGACCUGCUGAGUUCCUCCAGCACCUUUUGAGUAUUGCUACAGAUUCCAGCAUCUGCAGAAUUUCUUGCUGUCUCAAUUAUCCACAGGUGUCAGGUGUAGCUCAUUCAUGGCACUUGUCACUGGGUCAGAAGAUUGGGGGUUGGGUCCCAGUCAAGUGAGCUGAGCAGACACUCCAAUGCUGUUUGUGGAAUCAAGCUGCCCCCUCGGGUGGAGGUUAAUAUUCCAUGGUAUGAUUUUGAGCCAGAGGAGCUAUAUCCCUGGUGUCCUGGCCAAUACUUAUCUCUAAAUCAACAAUAUAAAACAGGUUAUAAGGCCGUUAGUGCACUGCCGUUUGCAGAAGCUCUUGUUCAAUUUGGCAGGUGCGUUUUCCCAGCCUGCAGCUGUGACUACACUUCAACAGUACUUCAUAGUUAGUGAGUAUGUAAGUGCUGGAGAGCUAAAUUAAUUCCAAAGCACGAUAGCUACACCUUGGAAGUAUUCCAGCAACUGGUAAAUCUUUGAAUGGAAUCAUUUCAGUGGGGGGGGAGGGAGCAGAGGUUCCUGCCAUGAGCUCUCUUAAGAAUUAAAACAAACAGGUCCCCUGGAGAGUGAAGCUGUUGACAUGCCUGGGCAGAGCUCAGUUAUUUCUGCAUCUCAGCAUCAGUCAGACGUGGGGCAAUCAGUGACCUGGACCUGUCAGCUACUGAUGACCUUGACCUACCUGAAACAAUAUAGUCUUGAGUUACAUGGAAUGUGGUUGCCUAAAGUUAGGCCAAUCCGUCCAACAACUUCAUAUGAACUUCCUCCCACCCCUCCUUGUCUUUAUGUUCCCUUAUAUUUUUAUAUUCCUUUCUCUCUUAAGAGCUAAUUCAGUUUCCCUUUGAAUGAAUCACUUCAAUUUGCCUCAGUAGUGAGUCUCCCCCUCUGAAUAAGGAGGUCUCUCUCCACUGGAUUUAUUAGUGACUAGCUCACUGUUGUGGGCCCUGGUUCUGUCAUUCCCCCACAAGUGGCAUUAACCUUUCAUGACUGUACCAGCAAAUAAUUUCCUAGUUUAAAAGAACCCUGUUAAUUCUUGGUUCUGGAGAUAGAAGGACUGGCCUGGGAACACAUGGCAAGCAGACCCCAAGACCUAUUCGCCAUAGGAUGCAGGCUCCAAGAUGACAACUGCACAGUUCCACCACAGUGUGGAGAGGGAUUAAAAUAGGUCAUUUUCAUACAUUACCAGAGGUACUGGAUGAAAUCCAGAGAGUCCAGCCACCUUCAAUGUUUUGUUUAGUGUGGAAGAGUGUGAAAUUUGUGUGUGUAAAAAUCAAUGGUUCUUAAAGUAUUCUUAUAGUUAUUAAAUAUAAUUAUUAAACA